UGAGAUGCGUGAAUUAUUUAUUGUUCAAUUUGACUAUGCAACCGAAUAUACAGCAAUACCAGAUGGUUAUGUGUUCAUACAUAGUUAUUAUUAAACAAAACACAGCAACAGUUAGUUUUAAUAAUAAAUAAAACUCAACACAAUGAAGGAAGCAGCUGUAAGUCUUUUAAAAAGAGCUGUAGAGUUAGAUCAAGCUAAAAGAUUCACAGAAGCUCUGUUAUUAUAUCAAGAAGGCAUUCAGAUGCUUCUUCAACUCAGAAAAUCUGAGAGUAAGGACAGAGCUGAUUAUUACCUUAAGAAAAUCGAAGAGUACAUGUCCAGAGCUGAAACAAUCAAGAAAACAGUGGAAGAACUCAAACAACAAGGCAAAUAUCAUGAACAAAUGAGCAUCAAAAGUGACAGCAUAGGUCAUUCCUAUACAAAAAUCUUCAGUAGAUUUCUUGAUUCAGAUGUAACACAUGUAACCAUUGAGGAUCCUUAUAUUAGAGCAUUUCAUCAAGUGCAGAAUCUGAUUAAAUUCUCAGAAAUGUUGAUUAAACAUUGUAGUAACUUGAAAAGAAUUAAACUGAUUACUACACAAAGUGACAGUGAAAGUGAGCAGCAUGGACAUCUAAAUAACAUGAAAAAAGAUCUGAAGGAUAAUUUUAGCAUAGAACUUUUAAUUGAAUUCUCACCAACACUGCAUGAUAGACAAAUUAGUUUAAGUACUGGCUGGAUAAUCAAAAUUGGCAGAGGAUUGGAUUAUUUUAAAGCUCCAAGGAGUAAAAACUGCAUUGGGACUUAUGAUUUAGACUUAAGACCUUGUCAUGAAACAACUGUGGACAUAUUUCAUUCUAAUAAUGUUGUUCAGAAGUGAUUUUUAGUGAAAAUUAUGCGUUUUUGUGUAAAUAUGUAUGUUUAUGGUAGGCAACCAAAUAUACUUCUAUUUUGAUCAUUA